AAUAUUCCGUGUGAUUCCCGUAUACUAUAUGUCACUCUAUUUCUACAUAAUUUAUGCCAAAUAUUUCGUUUCCGAUCGCUUUUAUGACAAACGAGUGGUUGAAGUGUGCGAUGAGAAAUGGUGUAUGGUUCAUAAAUAUGAGGCAAGGAAUCGUUGGCAUAAUUAUCGUUACCCAAACACCACUUUCCAUGAAUUUCACAUUACGAUAUACCGAUAUAGUAUCGCACAUUUGUCGUCGAAAUACUUGAAACCAAUCCGUAAUGUACAGCAAACUUCAUACUUACUUCAUCCCAUUGUGGGCUACUAUUUGAUGGAUAUAUUCCCCAUUAUCCGCCUUGUUGACGAGAAAAUUAAAAUUUAUUUGAGGACAUUACAUUGUCCUCCACAACCCCUCUGGAGAACUGUGCCAUUUGGGGGUCCAUUGGAGGACUGUUCUCAUGAAUGGAGGACGUCUGGCAACGCUAUUCGCACCAGGGCUUACACAAUGCGGGUGUAUUUCGCAAUGCACAGG